GCCCCCGCCCCACGGCGGCUGCGCGUGGCGGGGCGCGGUAGCCGGAAGCCCGGAGCCGCCACCGAGCCGAGCGAGGGGGGAGAGCGCCCCGCCGCCCCGCGCCCCUCCGCCGGGCCCAGCGCCGCGGAGCCGCCCGCCGCCAUGUCCAACAUGGAGAAACACCUCUUUAAUUUGAAGUUUGCUGCAAAGGAACUCAACAGAAACUCAAAAAAAUGUGACAAAGAAGAAAAAGCUGAGAAAGCGAAAAUUAAGAAGGCAAUUCAGAAGGGUAACAUGGAAGUUGCACGAAUACACGCAGAAAAUGCAAUCCGCCAGAAGAAUCAAGCCAUCAAUUUCUUGCGGAUGAGUGCCAGGGUAGAUGCUGUAGCAGCAAGAGUUCAGACCGCGGUGACAAUGGGCAAGGUAACAAAGUCAAUGGCAGGGGUAGUUAAGUCUAUGGAUGCCACGCUGAAGAGCAUGAACUUGGAAAAGAUAUCUGCACUAAUGGAUAAAUUCGAGCAUCAGUUUGAAACGCUAGAUGUUCAAACACAGCAGAUGGAAGACACAAUGAGCAACACUACUACGCUAACAACGCCACAAAAUCAAGUGGAUAUGCUUCUACAGGAAAUGGCAGAUGAAGCAGGUCUUGAUCUGAACAUGGAACUACCUCAAGGACAGACAGGUUCUGUUGGUACAAGCGUUGCCUCAGCAGAACAGGAUGAGCUGUCACAGAGACUGGCCCGCCUACGUGAUCAAGUUUAAGUUAAAGAAAGUUGCCGUUCUUUGUAAAUGCUUUCAAAAUACCCCUUCUGUAACUUAACCCUCCACUACGCUAGAGAGGCGUAUACAGUAUGGCCUAGGUAUUUGAGUAUUUGUAAUAUAGGGUACUCCACUCCUAGCUUGCUACUCUUUCUAAAAUACAUUAAGUAACCCAAAAAUAUCAGCUCUCUAAUGUCCUUUUCUGUACAUUUUGAAGUUGAUAUAUUUUUUGCAGGCUUUUUUCACAAAAUCAAGUUGAUAUUAAGUCAGCUAGUAAUGUUGGUACAUACUAGCUAAUAGACAAGCAGAGUGUCAUUGAUAUAUAUUUUAAAUUAUGAAGUGAUUUUUUUAAAUUAUGAGAACUGUUUAUGGUUGGAGAACUGAGGUAUUCGGUUCAGGUGAUUGUUGUACAUAACUUUCGUACGCAGCCAAACUCCUGGAACGCACAAAGGUGGACAGUGUGGACUUCAUGGAAAAUACGCUUCUUAAAACAAAUGAGUGGACUUCAGUCUGAACUUUUUAGUCUGUUAAAGCUAGGGUAAUCAUGCUGAAAUUAGUGGUUUAGAUCAAAAAUCAGUCACCAAAAGCUGGUUUCAUAUAAUUGGGAACUUGUAUGGCAUCAUCACUUUAAUACAGGAAGAAUAAAAUAUAUUUUUCAACUUCUGUCAAUUCUGUUGAGUGUUGCAGCUUGCUCCUUGUUUAAUGUCAGGUGCUGUAGCUUCUCCAUUUUGCUUUCUUCUGGGUAUCCUGGAGUGCAGCCAGUUAUGCCACUCACACCUCUAUUCUACCGAAGUAACAUCUAGUUCCUUGUCAGCAGGGAACUCGUACUAUCUGUUUUUAUAGAUUCAAGCUGAGAAGCCUUAUAUGAAGUAACUGAAGCCUGCUUUUUGCAUUCCUUCUUACUCUGUCUUUGCUUUUAAUCUAGUCACUUUUUUCAUAAGUAAGGACAAGUCUCGUGAUCAUAUUCCAUGCCUCAGUGUUCUUCCAUAUAUGAAAAAAUACAGAAGUGCUCUUCCUCGGGUUCAGAUCUUCACAGUCCUUCAUGAGUCACUGUCCCGACCCUGUCUUCUCUAACCGGGGCGCUCCCUUAGGUCAGCUUUUCCUCCUCUGCAUCUCAUGGCAGGUGAGAAGUGGAUGAGUAGUGUCAGCCAGCUCGAUCAGAGGGGGUUAUGUUGGGUUAAGAACAGCCGCUUUAUUUUGUAAGGUAUAAUGUUGCUCUCUACAGAUGAAAUAACAUUUGUAAUAUUGCAGUUGUAUGGAUAAACUAGUUUGUUUUAGUGAUCCCUUUAUAUUUCUGCACAGUAAGAGAAUCUACUGGCUGCUCUCAGUAGCUUCAGACUUCUGCUGCAGUUGUGAAGUAAAGAAAUGGUUAGCAAUUUGUAGCUGAGACUGCUUGUGAUGUGUUGUGGUAAACAGUGAUGUUAAAAUUAUCUUGCUGACUUUUGGGGCUCACUUUUUUAUGUUUUAUCUUUGUAGGGGUGAGGGAAGGUGUAAAGCACUAGACUUGGAAUUAGUUCUUGAUAUGCUGGCGUUCCAGAUCACAUGCGUUUCCCUAGUGUCAGGGAAAUAGGAAAAAAAUACUUCCCUUUUUUUAGUCAAGCAGGAUUUUUUCAGUGAAAAACGUGCAAAAAUGAUGAAACAUUUCGGAGUGGUUUCAAACUAUAUUUUGAAUGUGUUACUUAAAUCACUUUGAAGGUUUAGCAGGAUGCUACAUACUGAAGUAUUCAAGGCUACUGUAAAAAUAAGAUAAGGAAAAUAAGAUACACAAAACAACCUAAAAUAUUGUGCGAUUGUCUCUUACCACACUGGCAGCCUAAACUUACAAUUUGUUUCACAUGGGGUCUUUUCACUUGUUUACAUUUAUUUUCAGUGCAGCUUGCUUUUAAACACCUUGAGUGUUCCUCCUGUAAAUAGGAGAAAUUGGAAGAUGUUUAAAAACCAUGUACUCACAGCUGUAGUCUUGGUACAAUCCUUUGAAAUAAUUAACAACACGGCUUAGGAUCGGGGUUAUGUACUACGUUUUAUUUUCCCCCUUAGCUCCUUCUGCACAAUACAACAAAAACAGAACGGUGUAUCUAUGCAGCCAGGUUGCCCACGACUGUGGUAACUGCUUGUGUGCGUGCCUUAGCCUUGCUGAACUUACUGUGUUUUGUUGGUAGUCAGUUACUUCAUAUCAUUACAGGACUGGAAACUUACUGUUGUGGAAUAAAUCCGCCUCUGAGUUUACUUUAUGGCUGCUUGUUGAUGGAGCUGUACCAUAGAGUGCUAAGGUUUUCAGUGUUUGCUAUUAGACAGCUUUAGCUACCUUGUUUGGCUUAUUUUAAUGUGAAAGAUUAUGCUGAUUUUAGACUGUUCCUGGCCAUUUUUAAACUAUUUGAGGGGGCAGACAGCAAUUCUGAUCUUGGGUUUUCUGAGUAUGUUGCCUUGCCAUGAGCCUUGGGGCUUUGGCAGAAUUUAAAAAGACGAGACUGUUCGGUUGCUGCAAGAUAAAUAUUAAAUAAGCUUCGUUAUCCUACUGGCUAUAUACAGCCUGUUUCAUGGUUCGAUCUUAUCCCAGGCUUGCAGGCUCCAGUACCGGAACAGAUUUCCAGUAUCGUUUCUUUAAGGGAUUAACAAGUAAACAUAAUGGCUUGACUGACAUAAUUAAAGUUACCUGUGCGGGAUUAUGAUGCAAAGGAGGUAGGCAGGUGUAGCUGACUUGGGGAAGAAAUACAUGUUUGAAACAAUGAAUUCUUGCUCCACUGACUUCACUCUGCAAAUCGCUGCGUAUUUUAAGGGGGGCAGGAUUUUGUACUGGCUGCUUCUGUGUAUAGGACUCCUGCCCUCUCCUGGGGAGAAUGAUUGCUCUUUAGAAGCACUUUGUGAGAGCUGGCAUUCAUUCAGAAAGUGUUAGCAGUUAACAUUUUAUAUGUAUGUAUUUUUCUCAAGCCUUUUGGAAAUCCUUAAAACUGAAGGUUACUCUUGGCGUAACCUUUGAGGGUCUCCUCUUUUCUCUCAUUUGCUCUUUUCUGAACAACUCUGGCUCCUCACUCCUAUGUUGCUGUGUUUCUUGUAAGUUGACUGUAUGCAUUUAUAAAGUUCAUUUCAUGUUAAAUAAAUUGUAUGAGCUUUUAUGUAACCUUAUUACCAGAUAAUAUUUCAAUAUUUAUGCUUAUGAGCAGGCACAUCUAAAGUGAAACAUUACUUGAAAUGUUGCAAGAUGGUUUUGGUCGACUUUUUUUUUUUUUUUUUUUUUUAAUUAAACCUUGUUUACUAAAACUGCUAGUGUGUGGUAGCAUUAGUCUUCAUUUGUUUGAAUUCCAAAACAGAGAGCCGUGAAAAGCUUCAGAUGAGAGGAGAGGGAAGGGAAGGGAAAGAAGAACAAGAACUUUAGCUUUCUUGAUUGCAAUGGGAUAAAGUGAUCAAGUUGCCUUUGUGGAGAUCCUCAGAGCCAAAAAAUAGUGAAAAUUUGUUAGAAUAUAAUCAGCAGUUGUGUACAGAAAUAAAUCCUGAAGCUGGUGACAUGUAUAGAGAAGAGAAUAAUUUUUGUAGCUCUGGUAGAGUUCAUUUUGAAAACUGCUUUACUUGUAUGACGAUUUGUAAAUGUAACUGCAAGUGGUAAAUAAAAUUGUACAGACAACUUA